AUUACUAUUUUCUUCUGCACGGUUCAUUCAUCAUUCACUUUUGCCGUUAUUUCCUUGUGAAAUUAGGAGAGAAAAAACAUAAACGCGUGAAAUCAUUGAAGUACAGCGUUACAAUUUCGGUGUCUCAAAAGCAGUGCGACCACAGCGACCGCAGUCAGUAACUUCAUGGCCAAUUGGGCUUUUCAAUUAGCAAAAGUGACAAGUAGCUGGUGCUUGGACUUCGUAAUGGCACAGCAGUGACGAGUUUCGGUCACGCAUUAGAGACAAGAGUGGUCGGUUGCUGGCAAAUUACUGGGCGACAGACAUAAAAAGGCCCAUCACCGUCCAGCAGUGCGCACAUUACGAUUUCAAAGCGAUACCGUAGCCGUUGAUGGAGACGGAGUAGCAACUUAAGGCAUACUUACAUUUAGGAAAAGGACCCACGCAAAGCUAAGCAACUGCAGGCAGUGGCCUGCCGUGAAUGGCAAGUAGCAGCAAUUAUGGCCUUGCGAAGCAAAAUGCAUUCGCCAUGGGUGUGGACUAGUGUCCGAAUCGGCUGCAUAUUUGUGGCGUUAGGCUGUCUUUUGGUGAUUGUUGAGAGCGCUUCUGCACCGACCGCAUUGGGGAUACAGUCGGACGAUGCAGUUGCAAUUAUUGCUAGUUUACAGCCGAGCUAUGAUGAUUUGCAAGUAGCUGGCUCUGAGAAGCAUGAACAUGAAGAUGAGAAAAAGGAGGAGGAAGAAGAAGCGGAGGAGGAAGAGGAGAAGGAGGAGUCGUGGGAGGAAAAAUCCGAAGAGGAGAAACACAGUGAAAGCAAGAAGAAGAAAGGCGAAAAGGGUAAGAAGGGACAUAAGGAGGAGGAGCAUCAUGAGAAGGGUGAGAAGGGACACCACGACAAGGAAGGCAAGAAGGGCGAAAAAGAAGAAGAACAUGGACAUGAGAAGAAACAUAAAAAGGACGAAGGUCAUCACAAGAAACACAAGAAGGGCAAGAAGAGCGAGAAAGGGCACGAAUUCGAAGAUCAUGGCUCGUAUAAGAAGGGACACUCGAUUAAGGGUAAACACAAUGUACACAAGUUAAACGAAGAUAAAAAGGAGAAGAAAUACUAUGACGAACAUCAUGAUGAAGGUGAAGAGGAGAAACACGGCGGCUUCGAAGAGGUGAAGAAGCAUGAGAAGGGUGCGCAUCACAAAAAAGGCGGACACAAGAAGAGCGCACAUGAGGAUGAAUAUGGUAAGAAGGGUCACAGUAAGAAGGGCCAUAAAAAGAAAGGGCACGAGGGGCACAAGAAGAAAAAGGAAGAGAAAAAGAAGUGGGGCGAAGAGCAGGAGGGUGGCAAGAAGAAGGGUAAAGAGGAGAAAAAGAAAUGGAAGCAGUCGAAGAAGAAGGAGAGCAGCAGCAGUGACGGAGGCCACGGACACGAUUAGUAAACGGCGUUAAAUAUUAGCUGCAGCUGUAGCAGAGGCAAUGUGGCUGAAAAGCGAAGGCCUUGUGUUAGUUUCGCUAUUUAAUUUAUAGUUUCUUGGUGUUGGGAAGUAAAGCUAUCAUUUUGGUUGUUUUUAGUUCAAAAAUCAAAUAUUGUUUCUAUUAUAAUUACUAAACCGCGACUUACAUAUUUACAUGUAUUGUAAAACAAAUAAAAUUUGAUAAAAGAGAAUACAAAAAUUAUUUUUG